AUGUCACUGAAUUUCAGUUCAUUUGGUCCAGUUUUAUUGAAUUUGAGUACAAUUUUGAUAUUAAAUACUAUAUUGAUUGUUCGCCAACACCAAGUCGAACCUGGUCUAGUGGUUGUUGUCAAAGCUUUGACUCCAACGCCACGUUGGCGCCAGAGUUCGAACAAUCUUGGUACCAUCUCUCUCUCUUUGUCAGUUGAUGUUGCUGUUGUUCUUGUUGUCUUUAAAAUGAGGUCUCACGUAAAGCAAGGUUUACAUGUCUUCGAUAUACCAGCUGUGGCCUCUAGCAUAGGUUUUGCAACAACAGAUGUAUUGGCUGAGAUUCAAACCUUGAAGAUGAAGGGGGAAGUAACAUACGAGAUGAAGGACCCUGCAUUUUGUUACACAAUCUUAGAAGUUCCAAGGGAAAUCUGCUCGUUGUCCUCUCAUCUUACCAAGUGGCUCGCAGAGAUUGAAACUUGCAAAGUGAGAAAACUAGAUAUAAUGUCUAGUGCAGCCGUGGCUGCUAUAAAUGUCUCCAACACUUCAGAGCUUAGCGCUGGUGCCAAGCAAACUCAGAGCCUACAAAGCAGAAUUUUGAAUUAUUUCAAUGGAGAUGGAAACUGUGACACUCCGAGCAAGACGACUCAAAAUUGCUCCUUUCUACGAGCAGAUAUAAAGGUGUUCUUGCAGAGUAACCGGCAGGCCAAAUUCACGCCAAGAGCCAUAGCGAGAAUAAUGCACGGAGUUGGAAGUCCAGCUUUCCCGAAUUCAAUCUGGUCCAAGACUCAUUUCUGGGGAAGGUACAUGAGCGUAGACUUCAGUGUGAUAAUGGAAGCGGCACAAACAGAGCUACUCAAUUGCGUUGAUAGAAAUGCGGCUUUAGCUGCAUAG